AUGCCAACAUUGCCCAGCCACCAGCCCACCACGGAGAGGUUUAUCCACUUGGCGCCACCCCGGCUUUUGCAGUGUGACUACGAUGGCACUACUACGGAAGAUGGCUUCAAGAUGACCCGACUCGACCACAGCGCCAUCCCCGCUCUCCAACCCGACUAUUGCCACAGAAACUUCACAAUUUUCACAAGACUGCGACCGGCACCAAGAGUCUUCUUCAGUCCUGCUGUAUGCCCAGAAGCAACGGAGGACCUUACCCUUCCCAGCUCUCUCUUGGCAGCGCUCACCCGAGCAUCUUGGGCCAAGUUGUAA